AAUUACAUAUAUCAUAUCUACGUAUUAUUUUUACCGCUAUCUGGAACUUAUAACUUGUCCUCGUUGACAUCUAUCGACUACGUGUACACCCAAGUUUUGGUAUACUCUCAUAAACUAUUUGCUGUUAUCUUUGCUUUUAUGUCGCCUUCCCCGCGCAGGACUCGCGCGCCGAUCGCAUGCCAGCGAUGCAAACGACGAAAAACAAAAUGUAAUGGGGAAAUACCCGUAUGUUCAGCAUGCAAAAAAUCAGGGACAAGUUGCAUCUGGCCCUCAGCCAGCCGUGUUACUAUACCUCAAACAGAAGAACAGUCCCAGAUGUUGCAGUACACAGCUCAAUUGGAAGGCAAAGUUGCUGAACUUGAGUCACAACUAAAAUCGCAGCAGGCUAGGGAGCAGCCUAACCAUCUCAUCGAUGAUCUAGCACAUAACACCCCGGGCUCAGCUUCUAGUACUCCAUUUCAUGUAAAUUACAAUGGGGAACUUUCGACAGAUUUGGUUCUGUUGAGUAUGAAUGCAACCGCAGAGCCCUUUUUCGUGGGCCCCACGUCGGGAUUUUCAUUAUCUAAACUCGUUGAGGGGAUACUGUCGGCUGCUGAACCAACAGGGCAAGAUCAACUAAACCAACAUUUGCAAACAGAUAAUCAAGGCCAUCUGCCGUCGGCAGAGCUCGACACAGUGAGUAUCCAGGCAGAAGAUACUCUCAUCGAGACGUAUUUCCACAAAGUCCAUUCGCGAUACCCCUUUCUAGAUCGCUCAUCAUUUUACGAGAGACUCAAUCGCCAGAAGAUUACAUCCUCCGAUGCGCAGAAUCACGCAUCAGAGCUUUUUAUUCUUUAUAUGGUGUGUGCGGUAGGAUCUAGGGUAGUCAAGCUUCAUCCUGAAAUAGCCGAGUCGGCAAGUCCAGAGAUAUACUUUGCAAAGGCUCUGCGAUACAUUGACGCCGCAACAACGCAGCAAAGCCUACUUAGAAUUCAGGCUCUUCUCCUUCUAGCUAUAUAUCUUUUACGAACACCCGGGAGCGUGUCCAAUCUUGGAAGCUGGCAUAUAAUUGGCCUCGCAGUGCGAUGUGCAGUCGAGAUGGGCUUACACCGGAAUUUUCGCGGUCAACAAGGGAAAAAUCACAGCCUAUAUUCCAUAGAGGUUCGGAGACGAACAUUUUGGAGUGCAUACAUAUUGGAUAGAGCAGUGUCUUUGACACUCGGGCGCCCUUUUGCGCUGGCGGAGCACGAUAUUGAUGUUGCGUUACCUCUGGAUAUUGAUGACACUACUACCGAUGAAAACGUUAUCAAAUUGGCCCAACAAAACGGAGCCACUGGCACCUUUUCAACCCUCUCAUCUUUUAUUCACAUGUGUCGUCUUCGGCGAAUCGAAAGCAAAAUUCAGCACGAGAUCUUUGGUGCAGGCGAUGAAAUAUUCAUUCCUGAUAGUUCGUACGAUGAGAAAAUUGAUCUCUUACGAAGGAUGCUAGAUUCAUGGAGAGAAGUCAUUCCAGUUCAACCGAAUUGCGAAUUGCAAGGUGGUCGAGGUUACUCAAUAUACGAUACCAAAGAGUUCCUUAACAUACAAUACAGCAAAGCUCUACGUAUGCUACUACAACCUCGUAUCACUACAACGAGAUACUCACCUAACGACGACAAAACCGCAUUCUAUUUCAGCCUCAGCGCCCGUGCAGCGGGAGAUAUUUGCCAAUACUACAAAACUCUUCAUCAGCGACGACCACUAGGAUGGAACUUGCUCGCUUUACAUUCAAUUUUUAUGGCCGGUCUGACGCUCCUCUACUGCAUCUGGGCAUUGAGGGAAACACCAAAUCUCUCCGUUUUGGAAGAUAUAAGGGCUUGUUCGAAUGUUCUGUUUGCGAUUUCGGAGAGAUGGCCAACAGCAAACCGAUUUCGGGAUGUGUUUGAAGUGCUCACGAAGAAAUUGAUGGAAACUGUGAUGAAUGGCGAAGUGCCAGCUACCAAUGACUGUGAAGGGCAUGACUUGGAACAAGAGAUGGAUUUUGCCUCGCCGGGCUUUGAGAGCUUCUGGACGAUAUUUGAUGAUCUCGUGGAUGAUGAAUAUAUUCGAGAUCAGUUCAGGUUCGAUGAAGGGGAGAACUCAGCGUUUAUGGGAUUUUCUACAAGCCGCUGACCUUAAAUGUUUUCUUGGG